UUCAAAAGUUACCAUCACCAGCGCACAAGGUGCCACCAGUGGCGAAUUGCUCCUCGGCCGCGGACAAGCUCCUCCCGCGUUUCCUCCUUUGGUCCCGGCAGGUCGGAUGGAGCGUCUAGGCCUUUUCGUUUGAUCAAAAGAGUCGUCGGAUCUGAGAGGGAUUAAAGAGAAAAGGGAGGAGAUAUGGCGAACACGGCUCAUCUCGUCCGCCGGCAAAGUUCCCGCGACCUCAAGCCCCAGAAGAGCAUCGAUAAGCUCGAAAUGAAAGAGAUGCGUGGUAGAUUAGUGGUGGAUAAUCGAAAGAGCGUCACCACUGCCAAUUCCGGGGCCACCAACGCGGCCUUCGAGGACAGCAGUCCUAACAAAAGCAAAUCGGGAAACAACGGCGGCGCCAUCAACAACGACGGCAAGGCGACUUUCCGGCCGGAAGCGGGCGAGGAUGAGCGUGAAAAUUGGGAUAGCAAGCUCACUUUCCUCCUGGCGACCGUGGGAUACGCAGUGGGACUUGGAAAUGUCUGGCGGUUCCCGUACCUGGCUCAGAAGAACGGCGGAGGCGCCUUUCUAAUCCCUUACUUCGUGAUGCUGGCCAUCGAAGGUAUUCCUAUAUUUUACUUGGAACUGGCAAUCGGUCAAAGAUUAAGAAAAGGCGCCAUCGGUGUGUGGAACCAGGUAUCUCCGUACAUGGGCGGCAUCGGAGUCAGCAGCGCCGUAGUUUCCUUCAACGUGGCCCUCUAUUACAACACUAUUAUCGCCUGGUGCCUCUUCUACUUUGUUCAGAGUUUCCAAUCGCAGCUACCUUGGGCGGAGUGUCCCAAUAGGUACUUUCAAAAUGGAUCUUACGCGCCUGAACCUGAGUGUUUGGUCAGCAGCCCGACGCAAUAUUUCUGGUAUCGAACCACCCUGAUGAUAUCUAAAGACAUCAACACGCCGGAGCUGUUCAACUGGAAGAUAGCCUUGGCGCUAAUCAUCGCCUGGAUCUUGGUUUACAUGUGCAUGAUUAAGGGAAUCGCUUCCUCAGGCAAGGUCGUGUACGUGACUGCUACGUUCCCGUACAUCGUCCUGAUUAUCUUCUUCUUCCGGGGCGUCACCUUGCCGGGUAUGUCGGACGGUCUGCGGCAUCUCUUCACGCCAAAGUGGUAUACGUUGACCGAUCCGGUAGUCUGGCUGGAGGCUGGGACGCAGAUCUUCUUCUCCCUGGGCCUAGCUUUCGGCGGUUUGAUCGCGUUCUCCUCGUACAACCCGGUGAACAACAAUUGCUACCGCGACGCUAUUAUGGUCAGUCUGACGAACUGCUUCACGUCCAUGUUCGCCGGGAUCGUCGUCUUCUCGAUCAUAGGAUUCAAGGCCACCAUGGUUUACGAGCAAUGCCUGUCGGAAAGGAACAGCACGUUGAUGAACAUCUUCGGCCAACCUGACAAGAUACCCGACGAGAUUCCGAUUGCCGGCGUUCUGUUGAACAUCACGAGCGGCAACGGAUCGUUGGACAACUUGAUAAUGCCGGAACUGCCUGAAUGCGAUCUGGAGAAAGAGCUGGAUAACUCGGCGUCGGGCACUGGUUUGGCGUUCAUCAUCUUCACCGAGGCGAUCAAUCAAUUUCCCGGCGCGCAGUUCUGGUCGGUGCUGUUUUUCCUGAUGCUGUUCACGCUGGGGAUCGAUUCCCAGUUCGGCACUCUGGAAGGCGUCGUCACCAGCAUCGUCGACAUGAAGCUCUUUCCGAAUCUGAGAAAGGAGAUUCUCACAGGUGCGAUUUGCCUGGUGUGCUGCGUGAUCUCAAUGGCCUUUGCUCACGGAGCUGGUAGUUACGUCUUUGUCCUGUUCGACAACUUCAGUGGCAAUUUCCCGUUGCUUAUAAUCGCGUUCUUCGAGUGCAUAGGUGUGUCCUAUGUCUACGGUUUGAAGAGAUUCGCCGACGACAUCGAACUGAUGACUGGUAACCGGCCUGGCCUCUAUUGGCUCGUGUGUUGGAAGUACCUGAGUCCAUUGGCGAUGCUGAGCAUCCUGAUCGCAUCCUUCGUGGAGAUAUUCUUCGAAGGUAGCGGAUAUCCGGCCUGGGUGGUGAGCAAGGGCAUCACCGAGAGACACGAGUGGCCGGUCUGGGCGCUCAUUCUCAUCGCCAUCCUCAUUCUCACCUCCGUUCUAUGGAUACCCGCAGUCGCUAUUUGCAGAUACUUCGGAAUCCUCAUCAUCGACGACAACGAAAAGGCCUGGUUCCCCGCGGCGGACCUGAAGGAAUUCCACGGGAUCGUGCCGCACGAGGUGACGGCGGCCGAGACGUUGUUGUUUUGCAUCAGGAGCGACGGUUCCGAAGGCCUGUGCUGCCCUACGGGCGGUACCAGCGACGACGAGGACGAGGACCUCACCUAGGAUCGAUCUCUGUGGCGACGCGCGUUCCGCUGGUUCUCGGCUCGGGACACGCUCCACUUCACCCUGUGACGUGUCCAUAUUCGGUCGCCGCUUGGCCGAGAGCGGCAGCCGUACAUCUCGACGGACCUGUUCGGUCGAAUCGUAGUAAGCGCAUCCGCGUGGUAGGAUCUUGUCUAUUGUGUCAAUUAAGAGCUUCACGGCGCGGUAGGAGUCUACUAUCGUUUUUGUUGUUCUUUUUUUUCUUCAUGGCGCAAAGACGGAGAUACAUUCAUAUUAGGAGGCUCAUUUCACUCUCAGUUUCGAUCGACUCCAGUAGUUAGAACAGCCGUCGAAGAUCCAGCUUUCUCCUCGGAGUUUGACAAGUUCUCCAGUUUCAAGGAACGAAGCAGACGCGCAUGUCAUGAUCCGGAACGCACACACUCGAGUGUAUCUCCGCCCGAAAGAUAUAUGAUCUCUCGUUUUUGAGUUUCCUAAGUGACGUUAACCGUGUGCGAAAUGGAUGCUUCUGAAGCUUCGGGGAAUAAUGAGGAAUUUUAGGCACCAUCAACGCGGACGCACACACACAUACACACACGUACACAAACGAAUAUAUCUGCACAAACAUAUCUACACGCACAGAUACACGCAGGAUUCUCAAGCGAAUCGACACAAUCGCGCGUCGCGUCGGCAGAGAAAGUUGAGUGGGGCUGAUUUUUCGAUUGCGGGCUAUAACGAGAUGUUAACGAGAUGAAACAUUUACUCCUUAGCGAUUGUGAUUAACGUCAGAUUUAACAUAAGAUUAGCGGUAGGAGCCGUCCUUGGGUGGAUGUACCCGAAACCGUUGUUUUAGAUAGAUAGCCUUGGAUCAGCAGAACGGUGGUUGGCUCCUUAGAUCUAUGGAUAUAUUUGUAAAUCCGAGCUUUGGAUGAUUCUCUAUCGAUGGUUCUCUACAGAUCCAAUGAAUGUGACUAAUUUAAGUGUCCAGGAGCUCGCGAGUUCUCGCUGAGCGUUCAAGCAGGUGAAUGCCGGAGGACCCAAAGAUCUAAGGAUCCGGGGGGGAUCUACGAAUCCACCGAUUGAUCACGUGGGUCGAUAACGUGACAAUAACGAAUUUAGCGUAAAGAAGGUAAAAUUGAUGACAAUAAUAAUAAUCGGACUAUAAAUCAUGCUUGACAAUAAUACUAAUCAAAGGAGCUGCGCAACAUGUGAUGCGCUUUCGGGCAGAGCCCGGAAGGCCGGGUCACUCGAUUGAUUCGCCCCGUAAAACCCUGGCCUCUCCGGGCGAAGGGGAAUUAUCAUUAUCCGGGCCUCGUAGGUUAAUUAAAUUGUUUAGCCGGUCAAUUAUUGUCCUCGUUUCCACGCUGUUGCUCGUGUUUAAAUUCGACCUGACGACGAAGACACACAUCUUUUUCCUUCCAGAAAGCUAGAUGACACACACACACACACAUAUAUAUAUAUAUAUAUAUAUAUAUAUAUAUAUAUACAUGCAUACAUAUAUAUAUAAUCAAAGAGAACGCUUUAGAUUUGAGAUCCAGGUCGAAACUGAACACGAAUUGUUGUUUCCGAAAGUUUUACGAGAUCUUCGCAUUUCCUCGCGAACGACGUUCGCGACGGCCUGAUAUAUCUUCCGGUGACACUUUUAAAAACUUAACUCUUUGCACUCUGAAUAACUAUAUUCCAUGUUGAAAGAGACUAAUACACGUUGCAUUAUUUUAUAUAGGAUAACUUUAUCUAUCAUCUCUAGUUGGCAUUUUAUCUCCUGCAACAGUUGCAUAGUAAAUACGAGUCUCUCAUUCUAGCUGAUUAACGAGAUUUUAUAGCUUCAUGUUGAAACGAGAAAAAUAUUCUAGUGCAGAGAGUUAACGGAUUCAUAUGACUAAUCGGUUGUGGAGUAUUCGCCUAAAACGUACAAAUGUCAACAUGGACAAUAAGUAGACUUUCGUUUCCUCGGGUUAUCUAUUAGUCAGAGUAAGCAGAAACAUAAAAAAACUGCAUUAGCGACUUGUUAAGUGACUAAUUAUUAAACGAUAACAAUAUGAGUCAUCGAUUAAGAUGACGGAGGUCGUCAUCGGUUAAUUAAUGACGAGAUACAAACCAUAUCUUGAUAUCAUAUCAUUUGUUACACUAUACGUAAUAGUUUUUUAUCUCGUAUACUCGCUCAAUCUCCCUUUGUAAAAGAAAAAAAAAGAAAAAAUUUCUUCAAUGUCAAAGAAUUUCUCUUAAGAGUUUGAACUUGAUUGAAGAUUAUCAUGUUUUCGUCAUUUUAUUUAGCACAUUUUCAUGGCUGAAAGAGCUAAUUUUCCACAGAAUGUUGUGAUACGAUCAACAAAUGCGAAAUUAAUUCGAUUAAGGGGGCAUGAGAGAGCAGAAGAAUAAAACUAGAAGGGGGACGUUAUAAUUGUUGAUUAUCGCGACAACUGCAGUUAUCAUUGGGGUUAUAAAAUGAUCUACCUGUCAGUACUUUAGUUAAUCGUCAAUAUAGCUUGCGCAAUAAUUCAGGAAAUACACACCGACGACGGACGGUAAUGACAAAUAAUUAUUAUGUACGAUUGCGAUGAUUGCGAUAUAUAUACACAAUAUUGCGUAUACGUA